UAGAGAAGCGCGCUGGGAGCGGGGCAGGAGGGGUUACGGGUUUUGUUGCCGCGUUAGGAGCGGGGGAGGAUGGUGGUUGAAAUGUCCCGUCUGAGGUGGGUCUGAGGCUGCCCCCCUGCAUGGACUCUAGGUGCUCGGGGUAACCCUGCGACAGAGACUGGCCAGGGACAAACGCUUCUUGGUCGGGGCCGGGGCGGGGGCGUGGGGCGGAGUGAGGAGAUGAGGAAAGAAGGUCCGGAGCUCGGGUUGUGGGCGGUGCCCAGGGGACCUCGGGUUAUUUGUCCAGUGCCCCCCCCCCCGCAGCAGGGUCCUGCAGCGCCCACUGGAGCUGGAAGGGGUCCAGGAGCAGGAGUGGGCAUGGGCAGUUGUCCCAAGAAGGGUCACGUGCUUGGGGAGAGCCUUCUGCACGCCCCACCCCCUCAGCAGGCCGGCUGGGGUCCAGAGCUGAGAAGAAGGGAGGGGUAGGGACGCAGCCCCCUAACUGCUUUUCCAGACCUGGGCCUCUCCCUCGUGUUUUGGAGGCCAGGGUGCCUAGAACUGGCCACAGAGCUGCCUUCCAGCACCGUCCUGGGAGGCCAGGGCGGCUAAUUGCCUGCACCGAAUUGCCGAGAGUAUUCUAGGGGCGGCAGGAUUUGUCGGUGCAGAGCAUCUGGGAUGUGGCUUUAAAGGCGAGUUGAGCAGGCGGUCUGCGUACCCCCGUGUGAGCUGCAGAAGCUUCUGGAGAGACGGGCUUGGUGUCGCGCCAUCUUCCCUCUGCAGCCUCCUGGGAGGGCUCUGGGGCCACCAGUCAGGAGCGGCUGCCAGGCUGGGCCCGGACAGAUGAGGAAUGGAAGGUUCAGGAGGGAGGGCGGCCAGCCGGGGAGGCCACCUCGACAGCCUGCACCCUCCUGCCUCUCCUGCCUGGCCGCUGCUGCCCUGUGACCCAUCCAACCUGGCCUGGGUGCCUGUCACAGCUGAGCCUAGGCUGGCACCUGCAGCCGCUCCCAGCCCCAGGGUGAGCACCUGCGGAUCUGCCCCCAGGGCUACACCUGCUGCACCAGCGAGAUGGAGGAGAACCUGGCCAACCGCAGCCGGGCCGAGCUGGAGACGGCGCUCCUGGACAGCGGCCGGGCCCUGCAGGCCACGCUGGCCACCCAGCUGCGGGGCUUUGACGAUCACUUCCAGCGCCUGCUGAACGACUCGGAGCGGGCGCUGCAGGAGACCUUCCCGGGCGCCUUCGGGGAGCUGUACGUGCAGAACGCCAAGGCCUUCCGCGACCUGUACGCCGAGCUGCGCCUCUACUACCGCGGCGCCAACCUGCACCUGGAGGAGACGCUGGCCGAGUUCUGGGCCCGCCUGCUCGAGCGCCUCUUCCGGCAGCUGCACCCGCAGCUGCUGCUGCCCGACGACUACCUGGACUGCCUGGGCAAGCAGGCCGAGCCGCUGCGGCCCUUCGGGGAGGCCCCCCGCGAGCUGCGCCUGCGCGCCACCCGCGCCUUCGUGGCGGCGCGCGCCUUCGUGCAGGGCCUGGGCGUGGCUAGCGACGUGGUGCGGAAGGUGGCCCAGGUGCCCCUGAGCCCGGAGUGCUCACGGGCCGUCAUGAAGCUGGUGUACUGUGCCCACUGCCUGGGGGUGCCUGGCGCCCGGCCCUGCCCCGACUACUGCCGCAACGUGCUCAAGGGCUGCCUGGCCAACCAGGCCGACCUGGACGCCGAGUGGAGGAACCUUCUGGACUCCAUGGUGCUCAUCACAGACAAGUUCUGGGGCCCGACGGGCGCAGAGAGCGUCAUCGGCGGCGUGCACUUGUGGCUGGCAGAGGCCAUCAGCGCCCUACAGGACAACAGCGACACCCUCACAGCCAAGGUCAUCCAGGGCUGCGGGAACCCCAAGGUGAACCCCCAGGGCCCCGAGCCCGAGGAGAAGCGGCGCCGGGGCAAGCUGGCGCUGCCGGAGAAGCCACCCGCGGGCACGCUUCAGAAGCUGGUCUCCGAGGCCAAGGCCCAGCUCCGAGAUGCCCAGGACUUCUGGAUCAGCCUCCCGGGGACGCUGUGCAGUGAGAAGUUGGCCAUGAGCGCGGCCAGCGAUGACCGCUGCUGGAAUGGGGUGGCCAAGGGUCGGUACCUGCCCGAGGUGAUGGGCGACGGCCUGGCCAACCAGAUCAACAACCCCGAGGUGGAGGUGGACAUCACCAAGCCCGACAUGGCCAUCCGCCAGCAGAUCAUGCAGCUGAAGAUCACGACCAACCGUCUGCGCGGCGCCUACAACGGCAACGACGUGGACUUCCAGGACGCCAGUGAUGACGGCAGCGGCUCAGGCAGCGGCGAGGGCUGCCCCGACGACGAGUGUGGCCGGAGGGUCGGCAGGAAGAGCUCCAGCUCCCGGACGCCCCUGAGCCACGCCCUGCCCGGCCUCUCCGAGCGAGAGGGUCAGAAGGCGUCGGCCACGGGCCGCCCGCAGCCCUGCACACGCCUCCUGCUGCUCUCCGGCCUCCCGCUGGUGCUCUCAGCAGCCAGGCCCCGGUGGCGGUAACUGCCCGGCCCCAGGGCCCGAGGCCAAGGACUGACUUUGCCAAAACCAGACGGUACAGGAAGGGUCGGCGAGGAACCGCGGCCGUGACUGUGCUGGGGGCCGGGCGAGGGGCUGUGCCAGCCACCCUGGCUUUUAGUUUUGUAUGAGGCCCUCAGGUCAGCAGGGAACGGCGUCCCCAAAAGCCAUGCAUUUCAGGGACCUCGGGGAUGCCGGUGCCGUCUCUCGCCCCCAGCUCCUGCGCCAUCACGGCAGUACCGGGGCCUGCGAGGAGGCGGCCCGAGCAGAGUCCCGCCGGAGCGCGAGCCGCGCCUUCAUCUCCCGCCUGCCCCGCCGAGCACCGGGGCCUCCAGGUGUCUGAAAGUCAGGCCCACCCCCAGCGCCCAAGAAUCCCUGAGAGGGCGUCGGGGUUCCCGCCGUCUAGGGUCUAACGGGGCCUUUGAGAUCACGCAUGAACCUUGCCCCACCCCCCCCACCAGAGCCACCUCUCAGCUGCGUCUGUGCGGGGCUGGGCCGCGGCUCCUGCCCAUCCACAGGGGACUUCGGGCUGUGCGGACGCGCCACCUGCCGUUGUCCUGCCCCCUGUCUCCACCCAGACCCAGGGCCAGUCCCAGCUCAGGGCGACACAGGCCAGGGCUGCAGGUGACCCCUGGCUGUCACCUGGCCACAGAGAUGCUGGGUGGCUGGUGAAACUUCAGCUCAGGGCCAGCGAGACCCGGCUCUGCAGGCCGGAGGGACAUCCCUUCCCUGACCCCGCCAGCUGCAGGGCCCGGGGAGCUUUGACAGUUAAGGGCUUUUCCAGCCGUGCGUACUCUGCAAGCGCUUCCCGUCCUCUCACCUAGAGCUGCUUUCUCAGCUCAUCCCCAAAUGCUUUUGAAGGUCCCGGGCGACCUUCCGUGGCCCUGGGAUCUGGGCGCACCCCCGCUCACUCAGGCUGUCCAGGCCCCUCCGUAGACCUGUGGGCCCACCCUCCUGGGCCCUACCCUCUGCAGGGCCUGGGGAGGGGCUGGCGACAGAGGGAGCCGGGCACAGGAGGGUGGUCCUUGAGGGUCUGGGGGAUGUUAAGCCACCAUGACCAGGGAGAGUGGUCCUCACCAGCCCCCGGGCCCUGAGAAGGCUGCUUCGCACUGCUUUGCUUUUCCUCACGGGGCCGGGGGGCCCCUGGCCACUGGUUAGGGCUUCUGGGGUGUGUGGGGUCCUGCACUCCGCCGGCAGCCCAGCCUCACAGGCACACCCACCCCAUCGUAACCCUGUCGUGCCUGGGCAGGGGGCUGGGCCUGGGGCCUCCUUCCCUGCGAGUGAGGGCUAGCUGAACUCUCAGGGGCUCUGGGGCAGUGACCACCCGUGUGCCAGGACGGCCCCAGAGCGGCCUGCAUUCCGGCCCUGCCCUACAUGUGUCUCUGGAAGGGGCGGCCCUGCCACGGGCACUGGCCAGGCGGCGGCCAGGCCUGCCGUCUCCUUGUGCUGCACGGUGUCAGCAGGUGAAGUGUGUUCUUUUGAGUCCUCGUAUGAAUAAAAGGCUGGAGACCGCG